AUGGAACCAUAUGGUACGCGUUACAGCGUACAUGUUGCGUUUCAUAUCCAACGCGGCAACGCAAAGGAAAGAAAGAACCAAACACCUAACUGUCAAACAGGUGUACUCACUGUAAAUGAAUUACAAAAUGCUAGGAAUGUGUGGCUUCGUUACGCCCAGCAUAAUGCAUUCAGAUCUGAAUUAAAUUCCUUGACAAAGUCCAGUUCUGUAGGUUCCAAUAGCCCACUGAAGAGGCUCAAUCCAUUCAUUGACACUGUUGGACUCAUACGUGUUGGUGGUAGAUUGGAUUAUCUUGUAGCAUCAGAAGAAAGAAGGCACCCUGUUGUACUUCCGUCGAAGGGUAAAAUUGUGAAAAUGAUAUUUGAACAAAUGCACUUGGAACUUCUACAUAUUGGGCCUCAGGGUCUACUUGCAAACAUCCAAUUGGUAUAUUGGCCUCUUCGUGGACGCAACUUGUCACGGUCCACAUACCACAACUGCAAUAUUUGUUUCCGUGCGAGACCUAGCAUGUUACACCCUAAGAUGGCACCUAUUCCGCGAAGCAGGAUAUCUGUUCAAAGAGCAUUCUCUCGUACAGGCGUUGACUUCUGCGGGCCAAUAUUUAUAAAAAGUGGAAUAAGGCGAGUCAAGUCCAUCAAAGGUUACAUUGCCGUGUUUGUAUGUUUCAGCACUCGUGCAGUACAUUUAGAGCUAGUUUCAGGGUUAUCAUCAGAUGCCUUUAUAGCAGCUCUUACCCGGUUCAUUGCGCGACGAGGUCCAUGUCUUCAUUUACACAGUGACAACGGAACCAAUUUCAUUGGCGCAAAUCGGGAGUUAUCCUCGUACUUCAAAGCAGAAUCUGGAAAGCAAACCGUAAUCGAAAACAUGACACAACGUGGAGUGACUUGGCAUUUCAACCCUCCGUCUGCGCCACAUUUUGGUGGCAUCUGGGAGGCAGCAGUCAAAUCAGCAAAGGCCCACUUAAUUAAGCUGACAAACAAUGUGCUACUGACAUUUGAAGAGACCACCACGUUGCUCUGCCGCAUUGAAGCCAUUUUAAACUCAAGACCAUUAACUCCGUUAGCAAAUGAUCCCUCAGACUACGAGGCCCUGACACCUGGGCACUUUCUUGUAGGAGGUCCCAUACUAUUGCCGCCUGAGCCAGACUCAACCUCAAUAUCUCAGAAUAAAUUGACUCGAUUUGCCCUUGUUCGUGCUCAAAUGCAACGGUUUUGGAAGCGAUGGAGCCAAGAAUACCUGCCACAAAUCCAGAAAAGAAAUAAAUGGCUAAAACCCCAAAGAAAUCUAGUUGUGGGUGAUCUGGUUAUUGUAAAAGAGGAAAACUUACCUCCACUACAUUGGAAGUUAGGUCGUGUCUUGACUGUUCAUCCCGGAAAGGAUGAUGUGGUGCGUGCUGUCACCAUCCGAAUGGGAAACGGACAUGAAUAUAAACGUCCUGUAGCCAAGCUUGCCCUACUACCAACAGUCAAGGAUGAAGAGGAAGAAGAACAUAAACUACAACUACAAUCAUAG